AUGCAUCUUCAAGGGGUACCUGAUGAGAUAAUGUAUAGAGCCUUCCCUACCACCCUUAAGGGUUCAGCGCGAGUUUGGUUUAGUAAAAUACCCCCAAAUUCGGUGAGUUCUUUUGAAGAGUUGAGCAAAUUGUUUGUUAACAAUUUCAUUGAGGGACAAAGGCACAAGCGUUCCUCGUCCAGUUUGUUGACAAUAGAGCAGGGAGAGAACGAGAGCCUUCGGUCAUUUAUCACCCGUUUCAACAGAGAAGCUCUCAGUGUGGAUGAAGCAAAUGAUAAGCUUCCACUGGCAGCCUUCCAUAACGGGCAACAAAUUGAAAAUCUCAUAAGGCAAGGGAAGUUGAGGGGCUUCCUUGGACGAGACCAGAGGGACGAGAAACAGAAGGGAAAGAUGGAAGAAUCAUCACGACCACCACUCGGGGAGAUAAGAGUCAUUAUUGGGGGAAGUUCAACUGGCCAGUCAUCCAAGUCCAAGAAAGCAUACUUGAAGGUAGUACAGAGCGUCCAACUUUCUAGACGAUCACCGAGAGCAAGGUCCACGGACGAGCGGGCAAUCACUUUCACGGACGAGGAUGCUGACCGAAUUCAUCACCCCCAUGAUGAUGCUCUUGUCAUCUCCUUACUAAUUGCAAACUACACAACUAGAAGAGUGCUUGUGGACAAUGGAAGCUCAGCAGACAUUUUAUAUUAUCCAGCUUUUCAACAGAUGAGAUUAGGACGAGACCAGCUCCGUCCAGUGAACUCCCCCCUAGUAGAUUUUGGUGGGAUGAAGGUGCAACCAAUGGGUACUAUUUCCUUAUCCGUGGUAGUGGGGGCAUAUCCACGACAAAUCACCAAGGAUGUGAACUUCCUUGUGGUAGAUUGUCCAUCCUCCUACAAUGCCAUAAUUGGGAGACCAACUUUGAAUAGUUGGAAAGCCGUUACCUCUACUUACCACUUAUCAGUCAAGUUUCCAACAGAACACGGGGUAGGACAGGUACAAGGUGACCAACUGGCAGCAAGAGAAUGUUACUUGGUCAUGCUAGCCAUGGAUGAACAAGUUCAAGCAAUGAAUAUUGAAGAAAAGAAGGACGAAGGAAGGCAUCUAGACGACCUGCAGGAGACAUUUGACACAUUGAGGCAGUAUCACAUGAAGCUGAAUCCUAGCAAAUGUGCCUUUGGAGUAUUGUCAGGAAAAUUCCUUGGCUUUAUGGUCUCCCACAGGGGAAUUGAAGCAAAUCCAGAUAAAAUUCAAGCAAUAUUGGACAUGAAGCCACCGCAAAAUACCAAGGAAAUCCAAUCCCUCACUGGACGAGUUGCUGCGCUUAACAGUUCAGCAUUGAUAAGAGAGGAAGAUAAAGUGCAAAGACUUGUGUACUAUACAAGCAAGGCAUUGAAAGGAGCGGAAGGACAGUAUCCACAAAUGGAGAAAUUAGUCUUCGCAUUGAUCACCGCUUCAAGGAAGCUGAGGCAUUAUUUCCAAGCACAUGUCAUUAAUGUCAUGACAGAUCAUCCGCUCAAGAAGGCAAUGAAUAGACUGGAAGCUGCAGGACGAUUAAUCCAGUGGGCUGUGGAGCUUAGUGAGUUCGAUAUCAGGUAUCAACCAAGGCAUGCCAUAAAAGCUCAAGCCCUAGCAGAUUUUAUUGAAGAGUUUACCCCAAGUCAUAAUGAGACAGAAGACAGUAAGAGAUGGAUCGUCCACGUGGAUGGUUCAUCUACACGGCAUGCAGGAGGAAUUGGUGUGGUCCUGCAAUCCCCAGAAGGAGAUAAACUGAAACAUAAAGUCCGUCUACAGUACCAAGCGACUAACAAUGAAGUCGAAUAUGAAGCCCUCCUCAAAGGGCUAGAAUUGGCUAAGUCCAUGGAAGCCAAGUCCAUAUGUGUCAUGGGGGAUUCCCAACUGAUCAUGGGGCAAGUGAAUGGGAUGGAGGAGAACGUGGAAGCUGAUACUAUAGCAAAAGAAGUCUCAACAGAUGAAUCAUUAGAGAAGUCAGAUGAAGUUCAAUAUAUGCCAAGUAUAGAUGUCCCGGAAGUACAACAGGUGGAUAACAGAGAAAAUUGGAUGACUCCCAUUAUAUCAUACUUGAAAGACGGACGACUACCAAAAGAGAAGGACGAGGCCAGAAAGGCAACCAUCGGAAUACCUCACCCCAAUGGUGGCACCGUGGCCCUUCGCAUAAUGGGGACUGGACAUUUUGGGUCCCUUCCCUUUGGGAAUAAGGCAGAUGAAAUUUUUAGUGGUGGGCAUCGAUUACUUCACCAAAUGGGUGGAAGCAGAACCGUUGGCAAAUAUCACACAACAGAAUGUGAAAAACUUCAUGUGGAAGAACAUUGUAUGCAGAUUUGGAGUGCCAAAGGUAUUGGUGUCUGA